UACUUCUGCUUGCCCGACGCAAAAACGUUUUAGCCGGCAUUUUUAACGCAAAUUUACAAAUUCAUUCCAAAAACUUGCAAAAAAUAAACAAACAAAAUGUCAGCUGGCAUGCCAAUUAAUCCUAAACCAUUUCUGAAUGGUCUGACUGGAAAACCUGUACUCGUAAAACUGAAAUGGGGACAGGAAUACAAAGGUUUUCUGGUGUCGGUGGACGGAUACAUGAACAUGCAGCUGGCCAACACGGAGGAAGUGAUCGAGGGUUCAGUGACUGGAAAUCUUGGCGAAGUGCUGAUACGUUGCAACAAUGUGCUCUAUAUUAAAGGCAUGGAGGAUGACGAUGAGGAGGGGGAAAUGCGCGAUUAAAAAACCAGGGCUACAAUGGGCGCCAUUCUCAGUACAAGACGUCGCAAGCAAACUUAUCAUUAAGUAUCGAAAGUAAUGAAAUAAACAUGUAUUUAUUUUAUAGAAAAGA